AUGGCCGCAAGUACAUGCAACAGUUUGCGUCAUGGCCGAUCAAGCGAUGAUUUAAACCACCUUCAAUUAGAAUUUGCCAAUUUGAUGAUGGGAUUUCUACUCGAUGCAUUAAUAGCGUAUGAGAAAGAGUUCUUUGGUGAUGAUAACCACCCUGAAACUUGUCAAAAAUUCAAGAGAUGGUGCGACAAUAUUCGAUUACUAGAACCCAUUCCUGAUGUUUUGGAUAGUAUUCCCAUUUUAGGUCCAUUCGCAAAAGUAAUGGUUAAGUUCGCUACUAAUGUUACUGUAAAUGAAUUAGAAAAGCAAAGUGUGGAAAAACACAUGGAAAAAGUCCGUCAUGUUCGUAGCUUUAUAAACCGAUGGCUUAAGGACUUACACACUAUCAUAGCUAUGACCACCUGUCAGAUAUUUCAUCUUUACCAACAACAAUUUCAUCUCCUAAAAACGACCAAUGUCUACGAGUGUGAUACCAUGUCAGACGAAGACAAAUUAAGCAAUCUGGCAUUACAGGCGACAUGUAGAAUAUUUAAUUAUAUCCAUAAUAAAGUCAUAGAAAACACUUCUAUCCAAGUCAAUGACAUAAACGAUGUCAAAACUGUUUUCGUCCAUGGUAUCAUCUAUGGAAAGUCAGAUGAGGAUGAUCCAUUUCUUAAUCUCUGUAAAGAUUCCGUGCUGUAUACAUUCUUUGAUAACGUGGGGAUUGCCAUCAGACAUGAUGAUGAUAAUUUCUACUUUUACACUAGACCACGCAAUAAAUCUGUUGCAACUUAUCUCUUUGGCUAUAGGCUCUUGACCAUAAACGAACAAGAUACCGGUCCUACUGCGCUAGGAUACACUAAAGCCGAUAACCCAGAGCGCUACAACAAAGCGAAAAUCUCUCGAUUACGUGACAGACAAUCAUUUAAAUUUGACAAUGUAACUAGUGAUUAUUCUAGCUCAUCAUGUGCUAUAGUAUGUAGCAUUGCAAGUCAACUAAUGGCCAAUAUUCCACAAGUAUCGAUGGAAAAUCAUCACCAACGCCGAAGCAACACAAUUAAAAAACUUAUUCAAUCUCAUAGAUAUAAAUACAUAAAUUUACAUCAGCAACAACAACCGGAAAACCAAGAUACAGAGAAUAUAAAACUAUUAGAACAAAGCCCUGAAGACCAGCGAAAUAAUAUCGACGAUCCCAGACCAGUGAUGCCUUAUAUUGCUCGAGAAAUUGGCGGUGACUGGCAAAAGUUAAUUGCAGCAUUAGAUUUCGCCAUUGAUACACAAUCGAUUUUCCUAGAAAUGCGUAGUAUAUAUCAGCAAGCGUCAAGUAGUUUGAAGGAAUGGUAUGAAAAACAUGGCGAUAAUGCGACUAUUGGGAGGCUUAUUGAAGCCUUACACGAAAUAGCAAGAGAAGACCUUGUUUUAGGCGUAAAGAAUAAACUCGCUAACUUAAAUGGAGAUAAUGACGGUAUGGUUUAA